AUGAAGUCUGUUAAUUUAUGGGGUGUUAAACCUGUUGACGAAGAUUUAGAAGAACAAGGUGUUAAUUCGUUAUGUUUUAAUCCUGAUGGAACUCAAUUAUUAGCAGCUAUGGGAGCAAAAAUAUUAGUUUACAAUACCGCUGAUGGAGUGUUACAAAGUGCUCUUAGUGGACAUACAGAGAUAGUCAAUACAAUAUCUUAUGCAUCUGAUGGCAGUCGUUUUGCAUCUGGUGGUGCUGACAAAUUAGUUGUUAUAUGGACAAGUGAAUUACAAGGAAUGUUAAAAUAUUCACAUGAUUCAUCUGUUCAAUUUGUUGCCUAUCAUCCUACAUCACAUUUAUUAGCUAGUUGUUCAAAUGCAGAUUUUGGUCUUUGGUCACCAGAACAAAAAAAUGUAACUAAAACGAAAUUAACCGGACGAAUUACUUGUUGUGCAUGGAGUGCAGAUGGACAAUUACUUGCAUUUGGACUUUAUAAUGGACAAGUGUAUGUUCGAGAUAAGGAAGGAAAUGAAAAAUAUAAAUUCGAUCGACCUGAUGCAGCUAGUUCUCCUAUAUGGAAUUUAGCAUGGUCUCCUACUAGAGAUGAAGAACUUCUUCUAGCAGCUGUUGACUGGGGUCAAAAAUUAACACUAUAUCAAGCAACAGAUGCUAAACAAUCUGGAAAAGAACGUAAACUUGGUUUUGAUCCAUGUGCAUUAAGUUGGCUUGUUAAAGACGCAUAUAAACAAGAAUCUCGAGCAGAAUUUAUACUUGUUGGUGGUUCUAAUAAAGAAUGUACAAUAUAUAGUCGCGAAGGAUUUAAAUUAGGUACUGUUUGUACACAAGAUGCUUGGAUUUGGUGUUGCUGUGCAAAACCAGAUGGAUCAGCAGUGGCUAUUGGUACAACAGAUGGUUUUAUUGGAAUGUAUGAUGUUAAAUUUGGAGUUGUACAUGGUAUACAUAAAGAUCGAUAUGCAUAUCGAGAUAAUAUGACAGAUGUAAUUGUUCAUCAUUUAACAACAGAUCAAAAAGUUAAAGUGAAAUGUCGAGAAUUAGUGCGUAAAAUUGCAACAUAUAAAACAACACUUGCUAUUCAAACUCUUGAUAAAAUUCUUCUUUAUGAAGCACCAGGCGAUGUUCCACAUGAUAUGAAAUAUAAAGCAACAUCGAAAAUUAAUAAAAAUAUUGAAUGUAGUUCAAUGAUUGUUACAACAUCCUAUGUUAUUACUUGUCAAGAUAAACGUUUACAUUGUUAUAAUUUUUCUGGCGAUGAAAUACGUAUUUGGCAAAUGGAUAGUCCAAUACGUUAUUUAAAAUUAAUAGGUGGCCCUCCAGGAUGUGAAGCUGUAUUAAUUGGAUUAAAAAAUGGUGGUGUUUAUCAAAUAUUUGUUAAUAAUCCAUUUCCUCAAUUCUUAGCUAAACAAACUGGUAUUAUUUUUUGUGUUGAUAUGAAUGUAAAUCGUACAAAAGUAGCAAUUAUUGAUGACACACUAACACUUUUUGUUUAUAAUAUACAAACAAAAGAAUUACUUUAUCAAGAACCAAAUGCACAAACUGUAGCAUGGAAUACUUCAUUUCCUGAUAUGCUUGCUUUUUCUGGAAAUGGUUUUAUUAAUAUAAAAGUAUCCGAUUUCCCUGUUUAUAAACAAAAUUUACAAAUACCUAUAAAUGAAUUUGAAGUUUCGGGUCUUAUUGUUGGUUUUAAUGGUUGUACAAUAUAUUUAUUACAUUUAUGUGCGAUGAGUGGUGUAACUGUUCCUGUAACAGAUCCUGUUUAUCGUUAUAUAGGAAAACGACAACUUAGAAAUGCAUAUGAAUUAGCAUGUUUAGGUGAAACAAGUACAACUUGGGAUGCCUUAGCACAUGCUUGUAUUGAACAAGGAGAAUUUAAUUUAGCAAAAAAAUGUUUUAGCCGUAUAAGAGAUGUAAAAUAUUUGAGUUUAUUAGCAAAUUAUGAAGAUGCAGCAAAACGUGGUGAAACUAAAAUGAAUAUUAAUCUUGGUGAUUACUAUGCAUAUUAUGGUCGAUUUCAAGAUGCUGCAAGAAAUUAUCAACAUGCUGGAGCACCUGAACGAGCAAUGACAAUGUUUACUGAUUUACGAAUGUUCGAUCAAGCUAAAGAAUAUAUGGUCGCAGGUGAUGUUGAUCAACAGAAAUUAUUAAAUAAACAAGCAGAAUGGGCAAUAACAAUGAAUGAACAACGUCGUGCAGCAGAAUUAUUUUUAGCAGCAAAUGAUUUUCAAAAAGCCAUUGACAUAGCUGGAAAAAAUAAAUGGGCAGAUCUAUUAGCAACAAUAACAGGUAAAUUAGAUAAAGCCCAAACCGAUCUUCUACGACGUUGUGCACGUUAUUUUGUUGAAAUGAAACAAUAUACCUAUGCAGCUGAUGUUUAUGAGAAAAUGGGUGAUAUUAAAUCUUUAUUAGAUAUGCGUAUUAUUCUUUCACAAUGGAAUGAAGUAUUUGCCUUAGUUCGUCGUUAUCCAACAUAUGCAUCAGAUGCAUAUUAUAACUAUGGUCAACAUUUAGCUGAACAUGAUCGUUUUGUUGAUGCACAACGUGCAUUUCAUAAAGCGGGUCGUGUUGUCGAAGCACGAAAUGUUCUUCAAGCAUUAACAAAUAAUGCUGUUAAUGAAACACGUUUUAAUGAUGCUGGUUAUUAUAAUUGGUUAUUAUCAAAAGAAUAUCUAUUAGCAUUAAGUGAAACAUUAAAUGAUGAUUUACGUGCUGAUUUAUCUAAACGUUAUCAUCGUUGUUCAUUAUUAUCUGAACUUUAUUAUGCAUAUCAAUAUAUAUAUGAAUAUACAACAGAACCAUUUGUUGAUACACCACCUGUUAUAUUAUUUAAUAUCGCACGUUUUAUAUAUCAUAAAUUAGUUACUCUACCUGGUGAUAUACCACCAGCAUUAUCAAAAUUUCGUACAUGUUAUGCUGCAUGUAAAAUAGCUAAAAUUUUAAAUGCAAAUAAAUUUAGUCGACAAAUGAUUUAUUUAAUGCGUGAUUUAACAUUUACACAUAAUUUAGGUAGUAAAAGAAUUGAAAUUGAACAAUUAGCAUUAGAAAUGGAAGCAAGAACAUUUAGUGAUGAUCAUGAUUUAUUACCUUUAUGUUAUCGUUGUUCACAUCAUAAUGAAUUAUUAAAUACACGUGGAAAUGAAUGUUCAAGUUGUGGAAGUCCAUUUGUUCUUUCAUUUCUUUCAUUUGAUGUUCUUCCUUUGGUUGAAUUUAUUCUUCCAUCGGAUAUAAAUGAUGAAGAUGCAUUAAAUCUUCUUGAACAAGUACCAAAUAGUCAUUUAGAAAAUGUAUCAUCAUCAACAACAAAAAUAAAUCAAUCAACAGCUAAUCGUCUUGUUAUUACUGAACAAGGAAAUACAACACGUGCGGAAGAUAAAGAUCCAUUUUUAAAAAAAAUGAGUAAAUAUAGUCCAAAUCCAGAUGAUUAUCGACCUGUUGUUGUUGAUCGUGCGUUACUUAAAGCAAUGGAUCCAUCACUUGUAUUUGUAUGUAAAUGGCCAUUUCCAUUAAGAUGGAAAUGGUAUCGAAUUAUUGUACCUGAACAACCUGUUGGACGUUGUCGACAUUGUAAUAAAUUUUAUCAUAAUGAUGAAUUUGAACUAGCUUUAUUGGAACAAGGUGGUUGUCCAUUCUGUCGAAAUAAGAGAGAUGGAGAAACAACAGAAAAUAACGAUGAUUAUUAA